AUGGAAAUCGGAUGCGGUAUUCGAAAGAAGCUCUUGGACGUUUGUAUCUUCUGCUUCAUUUUGGGAGCGGUGCUAUCAACCACAGCCGUAACGGAGGAAAUAAGUCCUGGUACCCCAGAAACCCGACAAGUUGGUUCUUUUGACGUGGGUAAUCCCCUGAGAAACCCAUCACGAAGACCGACUCCUCCGUCCAUUUCGCCGUCUGCUCCGAGUCUGGGCAGUGUUCUUGGCAGUCUAUGGUCAAGCAUCACGACGACCUCGAAAGACCCGAAUUGCCGUGGCACGUGUUUCAAUGCCCUGGCGGCGUUUUUGUGCGAUGAAGUCGACACCAGUCCGAAUGCUUGCAUGAAGAGCGACGAGCGCUGUUGCGUAGACCGAGCCGCGUUGUCGUCGCCAGAUGUCGCUGCCAGUGACGCCUCGUCUUCGCCGCCGCCUCCGUCCACCACGACGCGGCGCCCACAGCAGGCGAACACUAGGAUCAUCUCUCCGGCUACUACGACUACUACUACGACGACGGUAUCCACGACUACAAGUACUUCGACGACUACUACCCCAGUUCCGACGACUGCGAAGAAAACGACGACGUUGACGACUACAAGGCCAAAAUCUGCGACUACGCGGCGUCAAGCUGUCACUGCCAAAAAGCCAAGUACUACGAAACGGCCGACGCUUACUACGCCAAAGAAAACGACUACUAGUGCUAAAACUACCACCACAACGACUUCCACGACGACGACGGGUGUGUAGUCACAGCAGAAACCAGCUGGUCAACAGCAGCAGAACAAAGGCCCACCGCCGACGGAAUACCAUGGCCCCAUCCCAGCACACAAACGCUGCAAGGGCACUUGCGUCGGCUCCUUCUUCACGUUUUUGUGUGAUAAAAUCGACACGGAGUCCAUUUGUCCGUCUGGUGGCCAGUGUUGCCUGACUAGGGAGAAUAUGGGGACUGGGCCAGGGCAGCAACAGCAGCAGCAGACUGGUGUGCAGAAUAAGCCAAAACCCAACUGUCCCGGC